AUGAGCGGUGACGCUGUAUCCAUCAACAGCGAUGAGCUGACCGCAAUUAUUGCUGAUUUGCAAGUUCGGAUUCCUGAACUGUCAAACGAUGAAGCGAUUCAGCUUCAGAAAAUUGAGGAGGGAAGUGCAAAGGGCACUACUGUUUCUCUCACUAGUAAGGAUCGUGGGAAAGGAAGGAUAUCAGGUGUUGCUCCGGUUGAAGAGGAUGGAAAUGAUACGACGGAUAGUGGUUUUCAGUUGAGCGAUGCCUCAUAG